AGGCCUUUCAGAUGACCUCACGAGACAGGACAUGAGAAGACGGCCGGCAUAUUUAGUGAACAAGAAAUAGCAUAAAGGGUAUCAAAAACAACUCGAAAACAAUUAUUCUGUGUACCGAUCAAGAUGUCUGCUGACCCUAUACCUAAACAAAGAGUUCAACUUUUCAAAAACAAGGGAAAAGAUGCAGAGGAGAUGCGGAGGCGGAGGACAGAGGUCACGAUAGAGCUGAGGAAAAAUAAACGUGAUCAGCAUGUCCUGAAAAGGAGGAACGUCCCUGCUCAAGAUAGUACAGAUUCGGAUGAUAAUGAGAAACCUACGAGCCAGUCCCUACAAACAAUUGUGUUGAAUGCUUCAAGUCCCGAUACAACUGUUCAACUUAGCGCUGUGCAGGCUGCAAGAAAACUUCUCUCAAGUGAUCGAAACCCUCCUAUUGAUGAUUUAAUAGCCUCCGGAAUCCUGCCUAUUCUAGUGGACUGUUUGCUGAAAGAUGACAAUCCUUCCUUACAGUUUGAAGCUGCGUGGGCAUUGACUAACAUCGCCUCUGGGACGUCCCAGCAGACACAGGCAGUGGUUGGAGCAGGAGCGGUACCACUCUUUCUUCGUCUUCUUCAUAGUCAGCACCAAAACGUUUGCGAACAGGCAGUCUGGGCAUUAGGAAAUAUUAUUGGUGAUGGCCCUCAGUGCAGAGACUAUGUGAUAAGUUUAGGGGCAGUUGCCCCUCUUCUCGAGUUCAUCAACCCCAAUAUCCCCCUCCCCUUCCUGCGGAACGUCGCCUGGGUCAUAGUGAACUUGUGUAGGAACAAGGAGCCACCACCACCUGUAGACACCAUUCAAGAAAUUCUCCCUGCACUCUGUCAGCUAAUCCACCAUACAGACGUUAAUAUUCUGGUGGACACAGUAUGGGCGUUGUCAUAUUUGACAGAUGGGGGCAACGACCAGAUUCAGAUGGUCAUAGAUUCGGGUGUGGUUCCUUUCCUUGUUCCCCUGCUUAGCCAUCAGGAUGUUAAAGUUCAGACUGCAGCAUUGAGGGCUGUGGGUAACAUUGUCACUGGCACUGACGAACAGACACAGGUGGUGCUAAACUGUGACGCACUUACACACUUUCCUUCUCUCUUGUCACAUCCAAAAGAAAAAAUAAACAAGGAAGCUGUGUGGUUCUUGUCAAAUAUCACAGCUGGAAACCAACAGCAGGUGCAGGCUGUGAUAGAUGCAGGGCUAAUACCUCUCAUCAUCCACCAUUUAAACAGGGGUGAAUUUCAGACUCAGAAGGAAGCAGCCUGGGCAAUCAGCAAUUUAACUAUAAGUGGUAGGAAAGAACAGGUAUCAUAUGUAGUACAACAAGGCGUUAUACCGCCGUUCUGUAAUCUUCUGGGGGUCAAGGACACUCAAGUUGUCAAUGUCGUCCUUGAUGGUAUCAACAACAUCCUGAAGAUGGCAGGAGAUGACCUGGAAUCAAUCAACCAGAUGAUAGAAGAAUGUGGCGGCUUAGACAAAAUUGAAAGUCUACAGAAUCACGAAAACGAAGAAAUUUACAAACUUGCCUAUGAAAUUAUUGAUCACUACUUUUCUGGUGAUAUUGAAGAGGAGGCGUUACUCCCCCAAGCAUCAAACGAAGGAUACCAGUUUGACCCUAAUGCACAGAUUCCAUCGGAAGGAUUCAAGUUUUGACCACAGCUGAAGACACUAAUUAAAUUGUUGCCAUAUUAGAUGUUGUGGCGCCAUCUGUGCCACGGCUGAUCCAAGUUGGAAGUCCUGCCAGCAAACAAACGUUUCACCCUGGCAAUCCAAAAACUUGACCCAGUGUAAUUGAUGUGGAUGAAGAAAUGUUCUGUUUCCAUCACAUCAGCACCCCCAGAAUAAGUCGCCAUAGCGGGAAUGAGGUCAAGGACGUGUAGGCAAAGGUGCCCGAAGAUGCUGAUGAGCCCAUCUGGAAACUGGCGACUCCCAUGGAGACUCUAAUCUAUUUGAAUUCCCUUAGAAAUACGAGUGAAAGAAAACUGAUUUCGCCGGGGAGAAAUGUUUUCGGGGCAUGAAUUGCAUGCAUGACAAGACGUUGUUUGUGGUCCCUACAGACUACGUAUAUGAAGGAGCUUCUUAUGUAUUCAUCCUUGACUUGAGAUGAAAAUAAUAAGUUGAUCACUGAUUAUGAUUUCUACAGAAUAUUUGAAUUCAACCUAAGACUGCCUACCUACCAUAUACCUUCAUGCGAUGUAACAAGCAUCCACCAGGUUUAGCUUGUCAACCGGAACUAAAGGACCUUUUAGUGUGCCAAGUAAGUUUGGAGACAUUUUGGCAGUAAUUCACAACCAUGGAUAAUUUUGCUCAAUGCUAUUGUAUAUCAGUGUUGGAACUGUCUCUCUGCAGUGUGGUACUGUCCAUGUUAUGCAAGAAAAACGAGAAACACAUUUAUGACCGAACUCUUGGACCCUGUGUUAGGUUAUAAGAUAUUUCCUGAAGCGCCCUGUUCACUUCUUGUAGAACUGCCUUUCGGUGCACUGAGCCCAAUUUUGAAGCAUGUCCACAGUUGCUGACGACGUAGUGAUGAUGAUUCUCACUGCACAUUUGAGGACAGACUUUGAAUCGAGACGAGGUGGAUCCUACAGGAAUCAAAUUUGAAUUAACUGAUUUGAUCUGACAUUUAUUUAAAUGUAUUCUAAGUAUUGUCUCUAUCCUUGGGCGUGUCUUGUAACAUUUCUACUGUGUCUCUUAUCGUUUAGUUCGUAGUCUGGAUAUAUUUGUUUUUCGGUCAUGGCUGUUUGUAACAAAGUAUUAACUUAUGAAAUUGCAUUGUGCCUUAGGACUUUUCUAAAUUGGAAGUGUUAAAGUUCAUUAAUUUUUCUACCAAAUUACUUGUAUUUAAUUACUCGAUGUUGUUUUUCUGUCAGGUUUCCACAUUAUUUUGACACAGACAUAUCAUUCCAGUUUUGUUGAUACUGACUUACAGCCACACUGUUAAAAUCAAAGCUUAAUGGAAAGGUAGUUUGACCUGCAUUUCGAAUUAUUGAGGGCUUCCAUUACACACAAAAAAAAGCUAUUUUGUUUGCAGCGAUUUGUCAACUAUGGGUUUUGGUCAGCUGAGAUUUUGGAGAAUUAGUUUGAUAUGUGAAUAAAAUAAGUACCUGUUAUGUUGUUUUGUAAAGUGGUUUCUGUUAAUUGUGAAAUAUUAAUUCAUGUUUGUUUUUAGGGGUGUAGUUGUUGAUUUUUAUUUGGAUAAAAACCAAAGACCAGUAUAGGAAGUUACCCACUUAUUAGUAACACUUUUGGUUUUAGAAAAAAAUAUUGUUCGGAUACAUCUGACUGCUAUUUAAUGGAAAUGGCUCUGUAGGUGGGAAAGUCCUCAUGUGGAUUUAAAAAAGCAUUUGUGAACUCAGUGAUGACAUGAAGAGAAGAAUACUGUGAUACGCUUGUAAAGAUAAACUGAAAGCAGGGUCACAGUGAUAUAAUGACAAUCGGAGCCUUAGCAUUCCCUAGGGCGAACCAUCGGAUUUGUACUUUUUCAAACUAUACGUCGGAUGGUAUGUCAAUGUUUUUUAAUAUGUAAUCUUAAAAAGAAGUCCGCUUGAGUUUGUAACAUAAUUGAUCGAAAUAUCGAUCCAGUUGUCAGUUGGGCUCUUGGGCCUGACAGGCAAUCAGAGGCAGUUAUUAAAGACUGAUCUAGAUUUAUCUCUGCCAAGACUGGGCUAGGAAGAGGUAACAGUAUGGCACUGUUCUGUUUUUAGUACAAUGUUUUUACAGAUUAAAACAUGAUCUGAAUGUUGAUUUAUUGAAUCCUCUACAGAGAAUUAGGUAUAGUGAAAGGAUACUGCCAUGGGUUGAGGCCAUGUGUCAAGUGGUCUGUCCUCCGUGACAAAUAUUACCAGUGUUAUCAGCCACAUUGCCAAUGACAACUGUCAUUGUGAAGAUUGGAGAUGUCCCAAGUCAAGUUUAUUUGAUGCUGAGACUUGUAACUUGUUGGGAUGAGGAGCAUGAUUUCAUGUAGACUUCUUAUGAUUGCGCUAAUAACUAUUGUUUCUUGUGUCCGCUGGCAUGAGUGUCUUCUCUGAGGUCGCAGUGUUUUUCACCCGUUCUUUCCACCAUGCUUGUUUUCCUCAAGGAUAGGUAAAUAACCAUUAUUCAAUAUCGUAGGGACCUGUUUAUUAUUUUCGAGGUGACCCUUUAAUUCCACGCUGUUUUGUUUUGUCGACACAGCGGUUCAGAAAAUUAAGCAUCAUAUGCUUCGACAUGAUCAAAAAAGAAACAAGACACAAACUUUUUCUUUUGACCAUAUAUUGUAGUUCCUAUGUUUUUUUUAAAUUAACCAACUGAGGCUUUCAAUAUGCUUUACGGAUAUUAGACAAUUGAUAACCAAAUUAAUGCAUACUUAAUCAAUUGGAUGUAUUUAUUCUUUUCACAUUGUGGACAUAAUGAAUAUUUUUUAAGAAUUUUUCUUUUUCUUGAUUUUUUUUAUUUUAAAAAGAGUGUUGUAGAUGUUGAAGAAAUGGUCACAACCUCAAAAGUGUUAAUACCCUUCAUUCACAGGCUUUAAUUUUGUUCAAACCAUACUAUUAAGAAAGUAUUCUCUAAGUUGUGGGAUCUUGCAAUAUCAAAUACGAAUACCCCACAUGUUCAGGGUUCUUUAGACAUGCUGACUACUUUCAUUUAUCUCUUUGUAUGAAAAAUAACAUUGAGUUACAAAAAGCCAAGUUAUUCUAGAAUUGCUUUAUUUAGUCCAUGAUGUUGAGCUGUAUUCAAUAACUAAAUCAUGUUUCAUCAAUAAUGUACAAUUCUCUGUUUAUCUGUUCACAAGGCCCAGGGAUUAUCACGGUUCCAAACAAACUCUCCUUUGCAGAUAAAAUAGAGAAAAAAACCAAAAUUUUGUUCAAAAUUGGCACUUUCUUAAAAGUCCUUUAUUCUUACAUUCAUCUCGAAUUUAAUAUUUCAUUCAAUGCAGAAAUGGUAAAACUGAACAAGUCUCUUAUGUAUUGGUUCUGUUGUCAUUGAAUUGAAAGUCGCCACUGUUAAAGUCAUGAAAUUUGUUAUUACGUAAUAACAUAAAUUGGCAAUAUUUUAUUCCAAUUUGGGAAUUUUUACUGAAAAUCGCUGUAGACCUGGGGCCAAAUAUUGACCUCUUAGCAGGUCUAGAUGAAUCCUUGACGUCUAUUUACAAGGUGAUAAAUGACCGUAUUACAAGGCGUGUGAUAAUUACCGUAUUACACAGUGAAAAUGAGCAAUAGGAAAUGUCCGAUUUUGAAGAUUGUUAUACAACAAUUAGAUUUGUUGAGUCACUUUCCAGUGUAAAUAUGAUGGGAACAAUGCAUACAAGGAGUUGUCCAGAAAAACGACAGACGAGGACACAUUUGGAAGGGUAGAAUAUGGCAUGUUCUGUACACAAAAACUUAUUUUCACGUUGUGAAUAUGCCUUGUACAUUGUGUGCUGUUGUGUCUGUCACUUGUCCUCUUUCAUAAUAUAUGCCAGGUAGUAAGAGACCUAUCCUUAACAUCAGGGCUGGCAUGUUGAGUUAGGGGAAGUUUCAGUGAAACUGAAUUAUUAUUUUAUAAUGAAUCAAAAUAAUUUUGUAAAUGUACUUAAGACAUCUGGCAGUCAAAAUGGCUAGGAUAUUUACGCAUUGUGUUUUUCUUAAAUAUAUUGCCAAAGUUUUGUGAAAUUGUUGACAUGACCAAAUUGAUAUGGUUUAAUUUUUCUCAAAUGUCUCUGUUGUGGUAAAUGUAUCCUUUGGAUACAAGGGGUUCUUGUACGAGGCAACCAAAUGAAUUGGGUGGUCAGGCUCUGUGUGACUUGGUUGAUUGCGUGCCAUUGUACCCUAACUGCAUGGAACGCUGCUCACAUUAUUGAUCACCGGAUAUUUAGAGACUGCUGUCAUAUAACUGGAAUGUUGCCUAGUGUAGCAUUAAAAAUGAUUUUAAGAAAUGAAACAUCAAUUCAAAUUGAGGAAUAAUCGGCUGUAAACACACUCAACUCUUUUUCCCAAGUGAUAAGGGGCAGUCGGGUAGCCUCGUGGUUAAAGCGUUCGCUCGUCACGCCGAAGACCCAGGUUCGAUUCCUGACAUGGGUACAAUGUGUGAAGCCCAUUUCUAAAAGCGGCGUAAAACCAAACUCACUUACUCACUCACUCCCAAGUGAUACUUGUGUUUUUGGUGGUGUGAACAGCAAUUGUGUAUAUUGCAAAUUACUUUUGGUCAUGGCAUGUGCUGUAUCUGGUCUGAACAUCUUGGAGUUUGACACUUCUUGUGUUGGUCCAGCCAACCUGCUUGUGAUCAGUUGGGCACAUUUCAAUCACUAUUAGCAGGCCCCAGUGAUCGAGGAUACAGUUUUGCAUGUUUCAACAUUAAAAUCAUAUCAGUUUGGUCAUGCAAGUAUUUUCAACUUGGAUAGUUUAUAUCAGGUUGAUGUAAAUAUAUCUCAUUUUCUGAAGCCAAGAGUUAUUUUACCAGAGAAAUGAGAUUAAGAUAUGGGAGUUUUGUCCCAAGUAGAUGCCAGCAAGAUAAUUAAGGAUAGGUAAUGUUCGCUAGUCUCACCCUAUUUUGAGAUUGGCUACCUUGUUAUGCAUAACAUGUUUUAACAAGUCCAUUAUACUGAUAGUGAUUCAAUUUGACCUCUUUUGGUGAUUGCCAUUGGAUCAUUUCUGAAAUGAGACGCUUGCCAAGCAGAACAGCUGCUACUGUGCCAUUAUGUUGAGAUCACAGCCAAACCUAACAGUUUUUUAAUAUAUAAAUCAUAUUUCUAAAUACCUGCGAUGCUGUAUAAGGAGCAGUGGUACAAUUAUGUUUUUCAAAUAUUUUCAAAAGCAACUUAUAAGGCAUGCAUGACAUUGAAGCCGUGGAACUGAAAUUAUUAUUGAAAAGUUAAAAUAUAUUUAACUUUGUUUGGAAAAAUUCUGUUUCUGGCAUUUUAGGAAAUAUAUUGAAAGCCUUAUAUACCUCAACAGAUAGAGUAAAAGGGCAUUUGAUAAGUUUUGUUAUGCCUAGUUUGUGUUGCAUAUCUGUAUGGCAUUGGCUGAGCCUCCAAUAUGGCACAGACUGAGAAGUACAACAGCUUGCUGCCACAAGUGUCAAAGCACAGUCUUAAACUCCAGAGGCAUAUUCUCAAACAUUGGGGGUCUUUUGGGGGAGGGCGACAGCUCAAAGCAUAUAUAGUUUUAAACAUGUAAUAAUAAAUGCUACCAAUUUUGUGUAUUUCGUGAGCUGUUCUAAACAGUUAAUCUUUUAUACUGAAUUGUUAUGCAGAGAAAGUUGAAAACUCACUGCCUUAAUAUUUUAUUUAAAAGAAAUACAUUGAAAUGGUCCAAUGUGUAUUAUGAUGCUAUUGCGAUUCAUGUGCCAGGGGAAUCUCUUGUUGACUUGUUAAGUAAAAAUAUAUUCAAAGAUUUAUUUAAAAUGCUGUUAAUGAACCCUUUUUCUCAUUAACCUCUUCAUGAAAACUUGCCCUAGAUUGGUCAUGUGAGAUGAAAAUGAUAUCCCCGUAUCAUGUCUGAUCCACAAUAUUGUGCAAUCCCAAGUCUGUAUAACAUAUUUGCAGUCAUAAUUAUUAUUGACAAUAUAUAUUAUGUAUUUGUCCAUGGACAAACUAAUGUUAUCCUUAAGGUCAAUCAAAUGGUUGCAUUAAAGAUCAGUUGAUCGGCCGCACAAGGUAAAAAUAUUUGAAUAUGAUGCUGUGUUAUGACGGAACUGGCCCUAUCUCAGACCAGUUGAAGCUGCAAGGGUUAAUGCAGAUGGGUUGCUGUCAGUAGAGGAUUUUCCCAAGUCAACAUACAGAUUCCCCUUGCAAUUGAGGCUGUUUAAGACACAGCCAAGCCUGGAUGAGCCCAUGUUGUUGUGUAUAUGCAAACAUACCUUAGGUUCGUUCACCUUAACAUAGCCUGAAUUAUUCAGGCCUCGGGAAUACUGCACAUGACGAAGCAUGGUGCUUCAAGUCUUAGUUUCUCUAUGUCUGAAUAUUCAGGUUCACCUAUUGAAAACUCUCCAGGACUUGUCUGCUUUGUAAUUAUUGAAACAUGUUGAUUUUUGUUUUCAAAAGUGGUUGCCAUAGCUACGUUCAAAUGAUAGUUGCAAAGGCAUCCUUGUACAUGUUUAACUUGAAAAUAAAAAUCAAGUAUGAAGAAAGAAA